UUGCUGCAGCGGCUUGCAACCUCAUUGUGCGUAUGUAACUGCACAUGUUGCCACUGGGUUCGACAGCCUAGCAGCAUAUAUAGGCUUGACACUGCCCAACGAACAGCCGCGUCUCUCUCUACCAUGUCCUUCAUAUUCGGAGGGUCUUUCAGCUUCGCUCGGAGGGUUACUCGCUACAGCUACAAGAACGCCUCUUACUGCCUUGCUCCGGAGAUCGUCGAAAGAGUCCUCGACCACCUCUGGACCGAACCUAGGGCACUUAAAAUGUGUAGCCUCACUUGCAGUGGCUGGCUCCCCGCGACGCGCUUGCAUCUGUUCAGGAGCGUCCGCAUCCGGUCGUCCUACGAUUGUCUUCGUUUCACGAGUCUCAUCAUCUCGCGCACGUCGAUGCCGAUCACGUUCUUGCAAUGCGUGCGGGAGAUCAUCCUACAAGACCUGCCACUCCGCGGGAUCGACAUGAACAGCGUCGCGCGUGGGUUCAAGAAGCUCCGCAACGUCGAGACCCUCGGUAUUGCGUUCUGGCCGGCCGUCGACCUCCCUGCGUCGCUUGUAGACGACCUGCUCCGCUGCUUCCCGAACGUGACCUGUCUGCGGAUGGAAGAAUGCGAGAUCGAGGAUCCGGUUCAAUUCGUCAAGUUGUUCUGCGGCUUCCCGAAGAUCUCGCGGAUACAGGUAGGCGACCCGAAGUUGUCGCAUCGCAGCGAGGGGCUGCACCCUGGCUUCGACCAGGCCUCGAUGGAGCCGAUGAGGGCAAUCCUAUGCCCAAGGAGCCUGCACAAGCAGACGCCUCUUCCUGACCUCGUCAUCGAGAGGCUCGAUCUACUACUGAGCAAGCACGCCCUGCGGCUCGCUGGUGUACUGUGCCAGCCCCGCUUCAUCUUGCGCUUGCGCCACUUGCGGGUCCACUGGUACUGUGACUACAUCGACCCCUUGCUAUAUCUGCUGGACAACGUCGUUGGAAACGCUCUGGAGAAAAUCGAGUUGUCGAUCAAUAGCGCUGGUGCGGGCACUGCCCAGUCGGCUCUGGCCAGGGUUAUCAGGAAGCUCGAUGUCACUAACGUGCGCUCACUCACCAUCGGCAAGACACACCUCGAUCGCAACAUCCACCCGGACACGUUGACCUGGAUACCCACUCUCAUAGAACAUGUCAUCGAGAGAUCUCGCCACCGCGUCAAACUCCACUUCAACAUCGGCUACCGAGAGGAGUUCACUGGCACCAGCUGGAAGCUAUUCCCCUGGGAUAGCAUUGACAAGCUGCUCGGGAAGCUUCCCGCGCGCUAUGCCAGAAGAGGGAUGAACGUGCGGGUCGAGGUUUGGGAUCCUAAGCCUGAGGGCUGCUGGAUGACCGAGAACGGCGCACACAGGUUCUGCAAGGAGGUUGAGAACCAGUUGCCCCGGUCGAAGUGUGUCGUGUACGACAGUCGUGUGCACUUCUCGAGGCCGUACCGGCAGGCUAGCGUGGAAUGUUCCAUGACGGUGAGGGCUCGGUAGGUCAGUGAAUAUGCCCGUUGUCGGCGGGUCAGGCUUGUCGAUAGAGCACCGAACAAAGGCGGCGAUGUACAUUUGUUAAUACUAUGAGCCAGUGGCCACUUACAUACCAAUUAUGGGCUCGUCGUGGCGACAUCUCUCGUAAUUGACCACCUCACUGCCAGCGAGGUGCAUACUACCAG